AAUGGCUUCCGGAAGGGGCUGAGAGUGAGAGGGGCGGACUGUGCUUGUAAAACAUGUCUGGAACCCGCCGCCCCGGCGUGUCCAAGAGGAAAAGGAGUUGGUGUAUAGAACACCCAUUUUUUCUAGAAGAGAGGUCACAGCAGUUGAGAAGGGCAAAUUUCAAGACAGUGGAAGCAGCAGACUCUCUCUCUAAAUCAUGGCUCAAGUGUGGAGAAGGAUUUCAGGACACCUCUGAGACCCUGCCAUUAGCAAGCGAAAAGACAGGUAUUACUGAAAAGCACCUGGAAUUACCUCCAAGACCAAAGACAGAAACUACAAGUAAGAAUGCCAGUGAACUUGCUAAUAUAACAUGGAGUUCGAGUGAAAGCGAUUUCUCAGAUGAAGAUAGGACACUCCCUGAAUUACAAAGAGAUGGUGGGCAUGGCCCUAGAGCUGACAGGCUUGGUGACAGGAUUGUCUUAUGUCCAGAAGACAGUGAAGAUGAAUUACAUGUUAUUGACUGGGAGAUUAACAGUGACACAGAAGACCCUGGUAGGCCUAGUGAGUGUGAAGAAGAUGAGGGAGCCCUGGACAUUUCAGACUGUGCUUCUUUUGCAAGUGGCCAUUCUCUGACAAGUGAUGACAGCCUACCUGAGCCCCCUGAGCAAAUUUCUACAGAAAUUUUGGAGUAUUCAUCAGAUAGUGAAAGAGAAGAUGACUCAAAGCAUGCCCUGUUCAUUGAUUCAGAAUCACCUCACAAAUACCAGGUGGAAUUUAAAUCAGAUGUAAGACAGUUUUUGGAUAAUCAGACUGACUCAGGAGCAAAUUCAGCUGAGCCCACAUUGAAAACACCCCAUAAAUAUACGGCCAAGUUUUCAAAGACUCCAGAAAAUUCAACACCAAAGAAGAAGCUUUUAAGAGGUGGACUAGCAGAACGACUCCAAGAACUACAGAAUCGAGAGAGAUCUGCCAUUUCAUUGUGGAGACAUCGAUGUGUUGCUUACCAAAUGACACCAUUAGGCAGAAAAUCUGGUGUAUUAACUGUGAAAAUUCUAGAACUACAUGAAGAAUGCACCAUACAGGUUGCAGUAUGUGAGCAGUUAGCAGGGCCGCCAAUCACCAGCCCUCCUAGAGGAACAGCUACUAGACCUGGAGCCUACCUGAAGGUUCUCUUUACCAGAGAAACUGCAAAUCACUUAAUGGGGCAGCCCCAGGACAUCAUUUACAUCUUCCCUCCUUGGCAAAAACUUCUUAUCCCAAAUGGAAGUUUCUCUAUUAUUCUAAAUACUUAUUUUUGUCAGAAAGCUAUUGCAAAAGAAACAGUGCAUGAAGACCUGUACAGUCAGGACACAUCUCUUCCAAGGAGAAAUAUAACUUUGGCCCAGAGGUUUAGAAUCAAGGGCAUAACAAACAGUUCAUCCAGCAGCCAGACUGGAUAUGAUACCCUGGCCACCACUGGCACAGACUGGACCCAUGGACAUGACAAGGCAGAGCAACAUCUUAUAGUUGGUGCUCCCCUGAGGGAUUCUCUUCUGGACAUUGUGGAAAGCCAAAGAGCUGGCCCAUGGUCUGGGGUCAGGGUGCGAGUAGUAGUGCAGAGAGUUUACUCUCUUCUCAGCAGAGAUGGUGCCAGGAGCCAACACAGGCUCACAGGGGAGCAUGCAGAAUCACCUGGAGCAUGGUCCUGCCUUCUAGUGCAGGAUGCCUGUGGGAUGUUCGGGGAAGUGUACUUGAACAGCACCCUCUGGAAGGACAGACAGUUAGAAGGGAGGUCCUGCAGCAUGUCGGGAGUGAAGGUUCUACAGAAAGCUACAAGAGGAAGGACACCAGGGCUCUUCAGUUUAAUUGACAGUCUGUGGCCCCCAGCGAUACCUCUGAACAAGCCUUCCUGUGAGGAGCCCAGUGGAGAGACAAAGACUCACCUGCCUCCUCCUGUCUUCUGUUACAUCUUCUCUGCACAUCCAAGUCUGGAACAAAUUGAUGCAAUUGAAGGAGACCCCAUUUCCAAGCUUUACAAGCCUCCAGUUGUCCACUGCUUAAAAGAAAUCCUCCAGACUAAUGAACAUGGUACACGUUGCAGCUUCUAUGCCAGAGUGAUUUAUCAAAAGCCACAGCUAAAGAAUCUUUUGGCACAAAAGGAAAUCUGGCUGGUGGUGACUGACAUCACCCUACAAAUACAAGAUGAAAGGGACCACUCUCUUCCCAAAACCCUGCCAGUCUAUAUAGCCCCCUCAUGUGUGCUGGGCCCAGAGGUUGUAGAAGAACUUGCCAGGCCGGCGUCUCACACCUUACUUUUCAGGGAUACUCUUCGAGACAACGGUCAGAUUGUUUGUAUUGAACGGACAGUCCUCAUACCCCAGAAACUUCUCUUGUGUGUACCUUCUGCUUCCUGUGACUUGCCUGGCCCAGUGACAGUAGAUGAACUAAGCUCCCUCACACCUGUCAACUCCAUUUGCAGUGUGCAAGGUACCGUGGUUGAUGUAGAUGAGAGCACUGCUUUCUCAUGGCCUGUGUGUGACCGGUGUGGCAAUGGGAGAUUGGAACAGAAGCCAGAAGAUGGAGGCUCCUUCUCCUGUGGGGACUGUUCCCAACUGGUCCUGUCACCUCUUCAAAAGAGACAGCUGCAUGUCUUUCUGGACUGCCCCACAAGACCUGAGAGCACCGUGAAGGUCAAGCUGUUGGAGAGCAGUAUUUCUUUACUUCUGAUGUCCGCUGCUUCCAAGGAUGGGAAUUAUGAAGUAGAGAACAUCCUUGGGAAGGAGAUGGGACCGUUACUCUGCUUUGUCCAGUCGGUCACUACACAGCAGACCAGCUGCGUCACUCUGGAAGAGAUUGGGCUUCUGAGUACAGCGGGAGCCACUGCUGCUCCGCCUCCUCCUCCCUGACAUCUGUGCCCUUGGCAGUGAGGCCAGGGACUUGAUCUGGGGAAGCCGAAUCGUGUUAACUCUGUAGUGUUUUUAUAGUUUUAAAUUUAGUGCGUUUCUUUCCUUUUUUUUUUUUUUCUGGUAAAGAAGAUAUUUUGUAAAUUAAAAUUCAAAAUACCUCUGUUCGAUCUUUUUUUCUACUUUACCUUCCUACAAAAUUGAGGACAUUUCUUUGAGUGUUUCUCCUGUCUUGUGUCUUCAUUUUGUGCUACUUAGGCACUGUUAUUGAUCUAUUAGGAAAUGUGCUUCGUUGUAAUUUAAACUGUUUACAAUUAGCAAUAUUGUAUGUGUUUUUCUUUGCAGUAUUUAAUAUUCUCUGUAAGACUAUUCUGUAAAGCUUCAACCAAUAUCUCAUGUUGAGAUAUUACUGUUCUGUUAACAAUAAAUAAAUGUCCAACA